UUUUCAUCACUGGAAAAUACAGCAAAAGAAAUCAGCCCCAGAGGCAUUGUUGGUAAGUUGCUUCGAGUUAAGAAAAUCUACCAAAAAGACGAGCAUCUCAAACUGAAAAUGGAAGAUGAUUCUGAUAAUAACGAGGUGAAGCAAUUAGGGAAUGGAAACAAUAUGGAGAAAAUCCUAAGAGAAUUUAUAAAGAAGAAAAAUAUGCCUAAAAGGGAGGAUGAAAAGUUGCAGGGAAAUGUUAGUGGAAGGGACUAUAAAAAUAAGAAAGUUGGUCAGAAAUCCGAAGAGCAAAGAGAAGGAGAUGACAAAGACAAUGAAGAUGAGGAUCGAUUACGUGAUGUUUACGAGAAACUGAUUAAUGUUCCUAUGCACUGCCCUAAUAACAGUCUAUCUCAGGAAAGCUUGCCACCGUAUGGCAAGUGUACACCACACAGGCCAACCCUUGAGGCCUGUGAGACGGCCUAUCAAUUCUACAACCUGGAAAUACCUUCACUUACAUGUAAUGAUCCUCACAAAGCCGAUAUUUGUAGCGUGACUGUAACACGGGAAAAGAAGCAGAUUGAAGCGCGCUGCAAUGAUCACCUUUGUGAUCAAGACACUAUCAGGACUCGAAGUAUGAAUCCGAUGAAUGGUGAACACGAUGCCAUCGAAACCUUUUCGACGAUUAAAACACUGGCGGCUGCACUCCCACGAAUCCUGAAACAAAACGCUCUUAACAAGUUUCACUAUGUGUUUAUCGAAUGCAACAGAACUAGCGAGGUGAUUCGUCAACUAUUACCAGUCAGCCCUGUUUUGACGAUACAGAAACAUGAGAAUGCUCGACCCAAGAACACUUUAAAUGUGAAUGUUAUUUUAAUCGAUUCAGUGGCCAGAGCGCACUUUUACAGAUCUCUCCCCGAGACAAUUAACCUCUUUAAGAAUUGGUCCCGAAGUGCGGACGCACCCGCUCAGGUGUUUGACUUCGAGUUAUUCCAAGCCGUUGAAGGCCACACCGCGGAAAACACGCAUGCGCUAUUCACAGGAAAACUUUUCCCAAUAACCGAAGACCGUGAUGCAGUGCGCUCAGUCAAAAUGGGAAAGCUGUUUCGUCAUUUCCGGCGCGCUGGCUACCAGACGAUGUGGCAAGAAGACCUGUGCUGGAAGGGUUACUGGGGGCUGCUGGUGGACAUGGCGAAGGGCUAUGAUUGGAACGUACUGGCGGAUGCACUGGAGAAGGAGGGCAUUGAUCACACAGGUAUAACUCACUCUGCCUGCGAGGUGUUGAGGAUGUACAACACUAACACGCCCUUCAACGGCCCCCAAGAGGGACAAAUCUGCUACAAUGGCCGGUUCCAGCACUCGUAUUACCUGGACUACAAUUUACACUCCUUCCGUGCAAUAAGACAGUCGCGCUCAGCUAAACCUCUGUUAUCUUACAACAUCAUUAAUGUCGGACACGACAACAUUGGGACCCGUAUAAAGACGUUUGACCGUGACCUGAGGGAGUACGUUGAUCUGAUUGGCCGAGAGAAGGACACCAUCACGAUUCUAUUGGCUGACCACGGUAACACGUACACGCGUUAUACUUCAGCGAUAGCGGAGGGGAGGUUCGAGAUGUUUCAUCCGAGCUUGUUCGUGAUUGUACCGAGCAACGUGGCGACUAUAUUAGGCAAGGAGGCGGUAGCCGCGUUACGGACCAAUCAGAGGAGACUUACCACCAUGAUUGACAUACAUCAUGCGCUAAGGGCACUUGCAGGGCCCAUAACUAACGGUGUCCGGCCAGACGGAAUAUUUGGACAGAUUCCGGACAGGACGUGUAACGAUGUUGAAUUAAGGACUCCUAAUCUAUGUGUCUGUGAGGGAUGGGAUAGUCCUACAACAAAUGACACCUUGAAACUUGCCCUGGUCGAGUUUGCAAUUGGGCAGCUAAACAAUAAGAUACAACAACAGUUUUUGGACGCGAAAGGCACAUCAGCAGUAGCAGUGACGCGCGCAUGCGCAAAGUUAAAGGCUUUGAGUUUCUACAACGUACGGGAGCGUAAUUCGAACGGAUACAUGUUGACUACCAUGGAAAUCGCAGUGCCUUCUGGAGAUUUCGUUUCUCAGAAACAAGACGUUUUUCAAGUGGAAGUCAAGUCUAGACUGAGUCUGGAGACGGAUUCCCUCGAUGUGGAGCUCGUUCACUACGAGAGGGUGUCAAUGUUCGGGAAAUACAAAUCAUGCGCUGAUAAAGGCGUCAACCCAAAACUGUGUGUGUGCUCCAAACACAAGAAGGCGUUAACUUCUAAAAAGUACCUCAGAGCAGAAGUGCUAAACGUCUGGUGGCCUUUAGGGGAAGUCUACUAUAAACAAAUAAAAAGCAAUGGUUGCUUAUUUCUUGCAAAAAGAGUACACGGCGAGAGUGACGCUAUAGGGUAUGAGAUAGCAAACGUAUGCAAACGAAGGACAUACACGGUACGGGUGGUGUAUAGUGAGGCCUAUAACAUAAAGAUGUCACACAAGUCACCUGUCACGGUAGUAGUGCCCGCCGGUGGCGUGACAUUCGUUUUUUCCGCUAGAAAACACUAUUAUUAUAUGGAGGGAAGGGUGAGGUUGAAGGCUAGCGUCAUCUAUUAAAUAUUAUUUAUUCAGAUAUUCAUUGCCCAAUUCGAAAUAAAAAGACAAAUGGUUACCUACA